CUACGGUACUUUUAGCACAAAAGUGUACCAUUUUAUAAACUUUUCCACUCCUGGUUGUCUCAGCACUUGAAUUAGUUUGUUAGUUUGAUGGUAUUUUUUCCAUUCUUUACAUUCAGGUGGAUUGACGAAAUCUUUUAGAAAAGAGGACAAUUAAAGUCAUUAAACUUGUAUACCCCAUACAAAGGGCGUUGCUCAUAUUGUAAAAAAACAUUAAAUAAUUCAUAUUUAAUAAGCAAAUUAGGGAAAUUAAUUCAAUUGAUAGACAAAAAUAUGGCUUUAAGACCACACACAACUAAUGAGUCGGAUUAUGAGACAUUAAUGCAACGUUUGCAUAUAAGUGGCAAUAGUAAUGGCAAUAAUAGUGUGGCAACUAGCUCGGCAUCACCAACAACACUGAAUGAUUCCCGACAAAGAAUCCAACAUAGGCAACAUGCCCAACAGCAGCAGCUACAGCACCAGCAAAUGGGUGAAGAAUAUCGGAUGUAUGAACGUCACAAUAUAAUAGCGGCUUCGAAAUAUGCCACACCUAAGCAAAUUGAACAAUUGCAUUUGCAACAACAGCAGCAGCAGCAACAACACUCAUCCCGGUUAAAUACGGAAAUGGCAUUGAAUGGUAUGAAUAGUGGGGCUAAUGAUCAUUAUGAGGUCACUACAGCGAAACGUCAUUCUCCGGUUUAUGAAAAUUUAGAUUUCUAUCAAAGUGCUUCUCCUGGGGCGGUGAGUGCCUCAGCAAAACAUUUUGACUCAAUAAAUAGGCGAGCUCAACCCCAAAGUCCUGCUGCAAUGGGCCAACCUACUCCCAUACAACGGGGCCACUAUAUGGUGAUGCAAACUCAACUUCCACCGCAUGCUAAUGUCCUGUCUGUUGGUGGUGGUGCUGGUGGACAUGUCUUAAGAUAUGCCCAUACACCAGUGCCCGAUCCAGAUUCGGCCCCCAUAUAUGAAAAUAUGCGUAUCAUUCCAAAUUCUGGUCAACGGGCCCAACCUCAGGCCUCACCAGCUACAGCCACCAUUUAUCAGCAUCAUAAUAUUGAUGUUUUAUCCUCGCCUCAACAUCACAGUAGUCUGACACCACGUGCAUUACAACAACAACAACAGCAGCAGCAAUUGCUGCAACAGCAUCCACAACAGCAGAAAUCUCAAGUAAUUACCGAACAUUCCAGUGACUUGCACAAUAAUAGUCCCAAUUUGGAUCUAUUAGCUUCUCCCAUGCAUCGUCGCAGCACUUCUAAUUCAUCUUUGAAGAGUUCUUCUGGCACGGGUAUUGUUGUUAGUGGUUUAGCAGCAGUUGGUGAACCACAUUCUCCCACCCAACGUUAUCGUAAUCUCUCAUUACCCAGUCACAUGAGUAAUACACCAGUGUCGCCCUCAAAAUCGUAUGCUAGUUCGGUAGCCAGUGCUAAUGACUACAAACUGCACCAGCAUACGCCACUCAAAACAAUGCACCAUGCUGCCGGCAUUAAUGUUUCAGUCAAUCCCAAUUAUAUUGAAGAGAUCAAUAGUUCCGAUUAUGUAUGCAUGACAGCCAACUUAAACAAUACGUCCAUGAUGAAACCACAAAAACCACUGCCCUCGUAUUGUGCUGAAAAUCCACAACAAAAAUCCAGUCUAGCUGCCGCUAUUGAAGCGCGUAGAAUAUCACCUACUGGUUCGGCAAAUAAUAGUAAAUUAUUUACACCCAUACAACAAGCCAAUAACAAUAAUAAUGCCACAGAAUAUAACAAUGCUAUAUCGCCAACACCCUCGCAAACCAGUAGUACGGGCGGCUUGGCCAAAAAUCUUUUGCCUUACAGUGUAACACCACCACGUCCGGCAGGUCCGUCUGAGGCUCAACGUAAAAUUGAGGAAUUAACACGACAACUUGAAGAGGAAAUCGAACAAAGCGAAGAGCAGGGAGAAUAUUUUGGUAUUUGUCAUACUUGUGGAGAAAAAGUUAAAGGUGCCGGUCAAGCUUGCCAGGCCAUGGGUAAUUUAUAUCAUACCAAUUGUUUUAUUUGCUGUUCCUGUGGUCGUGCUUUGCGUGGCAAGGCAUUUUAUAAUGUUCAUGGUCGGGUUUAUUGCGAGGAGGAUUAUAUGUAUUCGGGUUUCCAACAAACAGCCGAAAAGUGUGCCAUUUGCGGUCAUUUAAUAAUGGAAAUGAUUCUACAAGCCAUGGGCAAAUCAUAUCAUCCUGGCUGUUUCCGUUGCUGCAUAUGCAAUGAAUGUUUGGAUGGUGUCCCUUUCACCGUAGACGUUGAUCAUAAAAUCUACUGUGUUAACGAUUAUCAUCGUAUGUUUGCACCAAAAUGUGCCAGCUGUGGCAAGGGUAUAACACCCGUCGAAGGUACUGAUGAAACGGUACGUGUUGUUUCCAUGGACAAAGAUUUUCAUGUCGAUUGUUAUAUAUGUGAAGAUUGUGGCAUGCAAUUAACCGAUGAACCGGAUAAACGUUGUUAUCCGUUGGAUGGUCGUCUUUUGUGUCGUUCCUGUCAUUUACAAUGUUUAUCAUUGCAAACAUCACCACAUGCUGGGCACCAGGAGCCCGUAUGUGCUUCCUAUCAAUAUAUGGGCUAAAGUUUUAAAGUUUAAUCUCAAACACACAAACAAAAAAAAACAUUCGCAAUACAUGUCGUUUUUAGUUUAAUAAAAUUAAUAUUAUGUACUACAAUACUAUACAAUACAUAUGAUAUAAUGGCUAUUCAUACUCAACGUACUAUUAUAAACCUUAAACGAGCAAAACUAAACUAUACAGCAGCUUAUAUACAUAUAGAAUAUGGUGGUAAAACUCGUUAGAAAUUUGAAAAUAUGUAAUGAAAUAAAAUAAUACAAUUGCUAUGUGCAUAACUCUGUUGCAAUAAGAAGAGUAAGGUUUAAAUUUAGUUUUUGUGUUUUUAUUAAGCUUUAAGUCUAUUUGACGCUCACAACCAUAGAGGAAGGAAAACUUUGCAUUUAUUUUAAUGCAUUUUUAUUAAAAAAUAUACAACUAAAAGACAUUUUGUUUGUAAGACCACUUUAGUAUUAAAAAUAUGUUGUAAUAAUUUUGUAAUAUUUCUUUGUUUUGCUUUAUUAGAGGGCAAAUGAUUAUUAAUAUAAUUAUAUGUAUACAUUUCUUUUGAUAUAAGUAUGUGUCUAUGUACUUUUAAAAUAGCAUUAUGUGGCUAUUUAAGGUAAACGUGUUGUUGCUUACAAAUAAAAUUCCAUAUUAAAAAAUAAUUAGAACAA